AUGGAUCUGUUGCAGAACCAGCAAUUCAGGUUCGGUGAGAAUGGCGAGCGAUUCUUGGUAGAGCUCAUGCCAGCAGACCACAGCUGUGGCUUCCACGGCAUUGGAAUUGACAGGCAAACGGCUGCGGCCCUCUUGCAUGCCAACCUGCAUGAUGCAGAGGUGAAGGAUUUCGUGGCAUCAGACUUGCUCGCUGCGAUACAGACAGGAGAGAGAGCUUCAUUUCCACACCAUCUUCGACACGACAGCGAGCUCUGGAGCCGCCUUGCAGACUACUAUCGAUGUCAGGAGGCCUUGGAUCACAGAUGCCGCGAGGCCAGGUCCUUUCUUCGAGAUGUGGGCGCCUCUGCUGUUGUUCAGGGAUCUGUGGAAAGACGCGGGCUGGUUGUGGCUUUGCAGCUCUUCUUCAAUGAGCUGAAGGAGAAGGCCUCCGCGCUUCCUUCCGGCAGAGAAAAGAUUCUGGUGUUCCAGCUGCUGGCGCAGUGCAAGUCGCAAGAAAAAGAGGCCUUAGCGGCCACUGAUGCAACGGCUCAGGCGCUGCAAAGACUGCGCCAGCAAUGUGGCAAACAAGUGGCUGCGUAUGUCUCUUGGGUUGGGAGCGACGCUACCUUCUGGCUUUCAUUUCUUCGUGGUUGUGGGAGCUCUGACCAUGCGGGUGGGCUGCUGGACGCUCUUGCAAAGGUUGCGGGCUUGACCAUCCGCGUUUGGGCCGAAGGACACAAAGCUCCACUGCUCUGCUUGCUGCAUGAAGCCCGAUUUGGCAGUCGCUUGGUGAACCUCUGGUACAAGAGCGAGAUGGGCCACUUUGAUCGAUUAGUCCCGUGCGGUUGA